AUGGCUUUGGGCAGCGAAAAUCAGUCUGUUUUCUACGACGACGAGGAGUCAUCUUCUGCCGUUAAUGGACCCUCUGUUAUCCGGCGAAAUGCCCGGGAACGCAACCGCGUAAAGCAGGUCAACAACGGCUUCAGCCAACUACGACAACAUAUUCCUGCUGCCGUAAUUGCCGAUUUGAGCAACGGUCGCCGGGGAAUUGGUCCCGGUGCUAAUAAAAAACUGAGCAAAGUUAGCACACUGAAAAUGGCAGUAGAGUACAUACGGCGCUUGCAGAAAGUUCUUAAUGAAAACGACCAGCAGAAGCAGAAACAGAUGCACAUGCAGCAGCAGCAUUUGCACUUUCAGCAGCAGCAACAACAUCAACACUUUUACGCCUGGCAGCAGCAGUUGCAGUUGCAAUCCCCCACUGGCAGCAUAAGUUCCUGCAACAGCAGCAGCUCCUAUUGCGAGCCAGCAACAUCGACGAUUCCAGGAGCAACACCUCCUACCAAUUUGCAUACGAAGUUGGAAGCCAGUUAUGAAGACUACCGUAACAAUUCCUGCAGUUCUGGUACUGAAGAUGAGGACAUCCUCGACUACAUAUCACUGUGGCAGGACGACCUGUAA